CUCCCCCUCCUCCUCCUCCUCCCAGGCCCCAGCGCGUACCACUCUAAGGCUCCUGAGGCGGCCUCUCGUGCGAUCAAGGGCGCGCGGGGCUGGGUGAGCGACCUGAGGCCCCUGCUCUGAGCGCCGGAGUUAGGAAGAGGGUGGGUCCCUGCCGCUCGAGAGCAAGAGCGCGAGAGGAGCCAGAGGAAGGAGCGCCCGCUCGCCAGCCGCCUCGCCGCCUCCCCGGCACUCGCUCUCCCGGCUCCUGGGUUUGCUAGCUGCUCCUCCCACCCGCGCCCGCCUCCUCGUUCGCUCUCUCGCUCGCUCGAGCCGGCUUUCCAGCCCCGCGGUGCGCCCGGGCGAGUGCGGGGCGAGGGGCCCCGGGGCCAGCGCCGAGCCGGGGGCGGGGGUCCAGGCAGAGCGCAGCGGGUCGGGGAGGGGCCAUGUCCGGCGCGGGCGCAGCGGGACCCAUCUGCAGCAAGUGACCGAGCGGCCUGGACGGCCGCCUGCCCCCCUCUGCCACCUGGGGCGGCGCGGGGCCCCGGUGCCGGGUGCCCGGAGCCCGGGUCGCGCGUAGAGCCGGCGCGAUGCACAUGCGCUCGCUGCGCGCCGCGGCGCCGCACAGCUUCGUGGCGCUCUGGGCGCCGCUGUUCCUGCUGCGCUCCGCCCUGGCCGAUUUCAGCCUGGACAACGAGGUGCACUCGAGCUUCAUCCACCGGCGCCUCCGCAGUCAGGAGCGCCGAGAGAUGCAGCGCGAGAUCCUCUCCAUCUUGGGCUUGCCCCAUCGCCCGCGCCCCCACCUCCAGGGCAAGCACAACUCGGCGCCCAUGUUCAUGCUGGACCUGUACAAUGCCAUGGCGGUGGAGGAGGGCGGCGGGCCCGACGGCCAGGGCUUUUCCUACCCCUACAAGGCCGUCUUCAGUACCCAAGGCCCCCCUCUGGCCAGCCUGCAAGAUAGCCACUUCCUCACCGACGCCGACAUGGUCAUGAGCUUCGUCAACCUCGUGGAACAUGACAAAGAGUUCUUCCACCCGCGCUACCACCACCGGGAGUUCCGGUUUGAUCUCUCCAAGAUCCCAGAAGGGGAGGCUGUGACUGCAGCUGAGUUCCGCAUUUACAAGGACUACAUCCGGGAACACUUCCACAAUGAGACAUUCCGGAUCAGUGUCUACCAGGUGUUGCAAGAGCACCUGGGCAGGGAGUCCGACCUGUUCCUGCUCGACAGCCGCACCCUCUGGGCCUCAGAGGAGGGCUGGCUCGUUUUUGAUAUCACAGCCACCAGCAACCACUGGGUGGUCAACCCGCGGCACAACCUGGGCCUGCAGUUGUCGGUGGAGACUCUGGAUGGACAGAGCAUCAACCCCAAGUUGGCGGGCCUGAUCGGGCGGCAGGGGCCCCAGAACAAGCAGCCCUUCAUGGUGGCCUUCUUCAAGGCCACCGAAGUCCACCUCCGCAGCACCCGCUCCACGGGGGGCAAGCAGCGCAGCCAGAAUCGCUCCAAGACGCCCAAGAACCAGGAAGCCCUGCGGGUGGCCAAUGUCGCAGAAAACAGCAGCAGCGACCAGAGGCAGGCAUGUAAGAAGCACGAGCUAUACGUCAGCUUCCGGGACCUGGGCUGGCAGGACUGGAUCAUCGCACCCGAAGGCUAUGCCGCCUACUACUGUGAGGGGGAGUGCGCCUUCCCUCUGAAUUCCUACAUGAACGCCACCAACCACGCCAUCGUGCAGACGCUGGUGCACUUCAUCAACCCGGAAACAGUGCCCAAGCCUUGCUGUGCUCCGACUCAGCUCAAUGCCAUCUCUGUGCUCUACUUCGAUGACAGCUCCAACGUCAUCCUGAAGAAAUACAGAAACAUGGUUGUCCGGGCUUGUGGCUGCCACUAGCGCUUCCCGGAAGUCACACGCUUUCGAGACACGUUUUUCUGGAUCCUGGGUCUCUCACCGUCCAGCACCUCCCACCUCCUCGGCGAGGAGCCAGCAGACCAUCUGCAUUUUGUGAGGCCUUCCCAUUCCCUCUCCCCAACUAUAAUGCUGUAGGAGUGUUAAGGAAUUUGAGAGGCAGAUGGCUUUUGAUCCGAUUUUCAUCAGCAUCCUACAGACAAGAUCCUACAAGCUGCUGCAGGCAAAACCUAACAGGAAAAAUAUAUAUAUAUCAAGAAAAAUUGCUGGGCCCCGAUCACUGGCUGUGAAGUCUCAGCCGUGCACCAACUCGUUCCCAGGGGUAAUUACGACACCCUUCAGCCCAGCCACCAGCAGCGGGAGGAAGGGGGUGUGGCCAAGGGUGGGCACGCUCUUGUUUAUGUGAGAGGAAGAUGAAUGCAGAAGUCCCUGUAAUAAAUGUCACAAUAAAACGAAUGAAUGAAAAUGGU